UAGGAAAAUGGGGGUGAAAUGGCAGGGUGGAGGCGGCAGGCGGGUGGCUGGUGGUUUGCAGCCGAUAGAAGGAGUCGGGGAGCAGGGGGGUACACGGGGUUUGAGGGGUACACGGUGGGAGAGAGCGGAGGGAGCCGGGGGGCGCAGACCGGAGCGGUGAAGCGCUUGAUCUGCAGCAGCAGGCGGCCCGGGCCUGUGUACCGGCAUCGUAGAUUAGCAGCACAACAACAACAGCAAGAAACUUUUACAAACAGGGAUAAUCGUGCAUUAGCAUUUUGGAACAAAUCCUAUUGUUUCACGACGACAACAACAACAACAAAUAAAUAAAUUCUGACGCGCCCGCAAUUGUUGUACAACGUCAUCAACGCCUUUGGUACCUACAUGGGAGGAAUAUGGUGUACUUUAUAAACCAUGGACAGUCUGGGACUUCAAGCAGUGACACUCAGUGACGGCUCUAGCUCAUUCAUCCAGCAAGCUAUCAAAGAUGGGAAGCUGAUUGAAGGAGACACCAUCCAGUUGGAGGACGGUACCACCGCGUACAUCCAGCAGGUCACCGUGCAGCAGAAAGACUAUACCCCGUUCGAGGAUGGCCAGGCAGUACAGCUGGAAGAUGGCAGCACUGCCUACAUUCACCACAUGCUCAAAGAGGGCUAUGACCCCAGCACGGUGGAGGCAGUCCAGCUGGAAGAUGGCAGCACUGCGUACAUCCACCACCCCUCCGGCAUGCAGGCCAGCAACACCAUCCUGACCGUGCACACUGAUGGCGGGCUGGAGGAGGGCACCGUCGACCCAGAGACCAUCACCACCCUGGAGCAGUUCGCCAGCAAGAUGUCCGAGUCGGAUGUGGUGGAGGACAAUGGGCCCAGCAGCACCGGGCUUCAGCAGAGCGACUCUGCAGAGGAUCCCGGCGCUAUCGAGGUGCUGUUCCAGGAGUCGCGCAGCUCAGGGAAGUCUCAGCAGAGCGGGGAGAAGUCGCAUCGCUGUCAGUACGAGGGCUGCGGCCGGCUCUACACCACAGCUCACCAUUUAAAGGUUCAUGAAAGAGCUCACACAGGCGACCGGCCGUACAGGUGUGAUGUGCCGAGCUGCGGGAAGGCCUUCGCUACGGGGUACGGCUUGAAGAGCCACAUCCGCACACACACUGGAGAGAAACCGUACAAGUGUCCUGAAGACAUGUGCACCAAGGCCUUCAAGACAUCAGGAGACCUGCAGAAACACGUACGCAUACACACAGGCGAGCGGCCGUUCCAGUGCCCGUUCGAGGGCUGUGGCCGCUCCUUCACCACCUCCAAUAUCCGCAAAGUCCACAUCCGCACCCACACCGGGGAGCGGCCCUACAUGUGCGAGGAGCAGGGCUGCGGGCGGGGCUUCGCCAGCGCCACCAACUUCAAGAACCACAUGAGGAUACACACAGGUGAAAAACCGUAUGUGUGCACUGUGCCAGGCUGUGGAAAGCGCUUCACGGAGUACUCCAGUCUAUACAAACACCACGUGGUGCACACGCACUGCAAACCCUACACCUGCAACCACUGCGGGAAGACGUACCGGCAGACCUCCACCCUCGCCAUGCACAAGCGCACCGCGCACGGGGACUUCGAGGCCACAGAGGAGGCAGAGCAGCACCACUCCGACGACGGAGGGGAUCAGGAGCCCGAUCUGAAACGGCAGCGCAUCGCCUUCCUGACUGAGGAGGAUGGGGGCGCGGCCCCACACGUUGCAAUGGUAGCACAGGACGUCAUGGAGUCACAGGUCGCGCUGAUGACUCAAGACGGGACACAGCAGGUGAGCCUAUCCCAUGAGGACCUGCAAGCGCUGGGUUCAGCCAUCACCAUGGUAACACAGGACGGCAGAACAAUUGCAGUCCCUGCCAACCAGGGUGACAUCGCUGGGUCUGGCACCCACACAGUUACCGUGGUGACGGCUGAUGGAACGGAGGCACAGUCGGUGGCCAUUGUAACAGAUGGGAUGAUGGUUGGAGAUUCACAUGGAACAGCUCAGCAUUACCAACAGGUGGCGCUGUUGGCCACAGCAAACGGAACCCAGAUAGCGGUACAGCUGGAGGAGCAGCAGACCCUGGAGGAAGCCAUCAGCAUGGCCACAGCAGCCAUUCAGCAGGGCAGCAUGUCUCAGGACGAGGUGGUGGCUGAGCGAGGCUGCUGAGGAGCUCUCUUUCUCUCGCAGGCUGGGAGGAAACGAAAACCAGACGGGCAUGAAGAAACUGGAACCAGAGGCGCAGUCAGAGGGUGCGCUGCCAGCUUUUAAAAACAUUUCUUCUUCUUCAUGGCGCUUGUUUGAGUCCAAAAGGUAUUGCUUUUAAUUUU